GUCACAGUUCGGGUUCGCCGUCGAACGUUGAAGUUGUUUGUUUACACGUUUGAAAAAUGACUCUCAAAGCCACAGUUUACUGCUUUCUAGCAGCAGUUGUAAUUCUGAACUCUGUUCCAUCGACGGAGGCUACCUUUGAUGUGAUAUAUGAUUUAUUUGAAUCGCUGUUUGAAGACAGCAGUGAGGAGAUGGAUGAAACGAUAAUCAAUACCAAACCGAACGCCACUGUGAUGGUGAUCUGUACAACGGCCUGUGAUCUGAGCGUAAUGUGUAUUAAUUGUACAACAAUCAACGGGGAAGUGAUGGCGCGACCGAUGACAUCUAUGCCGUCUUCAAGCGUUCGACCAGAUGAGGAACGGCCAGGGGAGGAAGAACCGGAGGACGGACAGACACAGAAUAAAAAAGUAAAAGAUAAAGAACCAGCAGGAGGAAGACCAGCAGGGGAAGGACCAGCAGAGCAAGGGUCAGAAGAUAAAGAAUCAGGAGAUAAAGGACAACAGGGAGAGCCAGGAAAGGGAGGUGUAGGAAAUGAAGAGGCAGCAGGUGAAAAUGUGCCAGAGAAAGAGACAACAGAGCAAGAUUCAGCAGGGGCAGAGACAACAGAGCAAGAUUCAGCAGGGGCAGAGACAACAGUGGCUCCCUAGUAACAAUUGUGGUUUUAUGAUAGUUUUAUAGCCACUGAUAAAACAUAGAUUGCACAGAUAGCGUGCUGUAAAACUUCAAUUGUUACUUGGGAUGGGUGAUCAGAGGGGUCAGCAAAAUGAAAUGCGAGCAGAGGGAGGGUCGCUACGAGAGGAAGGGCUACGAGCAGGAUGACGAGCACAGGAAGAACCAAGAAAGGAAGAGGUCGAAGGAUAGGGUGCAAAUAACAUAAAGGUAUUAAAUCGACAUACCUCCAAGUUCGAAAUCGUAUUAUGAGUAUCAGUAUCCCAAAACCUAAACAUAAAAUAUAAUUUGCCACUGCAACGGUGGCUUCAUUGAACUCGCCGGAAGUCGCUUCAAUAUCUACUUUCGAAAGGGAUUCAUAGGCGUGCGCAUCCCCUUCCACAAUUCUAUAAUGUGGGAGGGUGUAAUUGUACUUGAAAUAAUGUAAUACUAAGGUAUGAUUGUCGUAAUGGUAUUUUUUACGAAUUUGUUGUUUUGCGGCAUAUUAUCAAUUUAAAGAAACGAUUAUUUAGAGCAAAUCAGUUAAGGACAGAACGAAAAAUUAGACUAGGUAGUAUUUCAUUUUAAUUUUUAACUGAUGGUUCUAGAGUACUUAUUCGUCUCUAUCUUGUAUAUACUUCGUUUCCCUUGGCCCUCCAUUUGCCAAACAAAUAUUUUCAGUUGGUUAUUGACACUAACGAAAAUUUUAAUUUACAUCCGAAGCUCAUAAACUUAUAUCUCGAAACAAGCUUAGAACGACAAUUAAGGGGAGGUUAAUUUUCGUUCCUCGCCAGCCACAAAUGUGGUAAUCG